AUGAAUGCUGAGUGCAACCUCCAGACACUGACUCUCCGCCACAUUAACCUGGGACGUUUUGGAGUGGAGCUGCUGUGUAAAAUGCUGUGCAGUGAUCGCUGUAAGCUGCAGACGCUGGACGUCAGCAACAACGACCUGGGAGACUCUGCAGUGAAACUGCUCUGUCCAGCUUUGAGUUGUCAAGACUGUAAACUACAGACAUUGAGGCUGUCAGGGUGUCAAGUCACACAGGCAGGCUGUGCUGCUCUGGUUUCAGCUGUGUGUUCAAAGCCCUCCCACCUGAGAGAGCUGGAUCUGAGCUACAAUCACCCAGAGGAUGCAGGAGUAGAAAGACUGUUCACUGACCUACAGAGCAGAGGAUGCAAACUGAACGUGGACCAUGGCGGGGAGUGCAGAACCAAGCCAGGGCUGCAGAAAUAUGCCUGUCUGCUUGAACUGGACCCCAACACAGCAAACGAAUACCUGUCUCUGUCUGAGGGGAACACAAAGGUAACGAGGGAGAAAAGCAGGCAGCCACAUCCUCAUCACCCCGACAGGUUUGAUGGCCCUAACCAGGUGCUGUGCAGUGAGGGUCUGUCUGGAACUCGCUGUUACUGGGAGGCUGAGUGGUGUGAAUCUGAAGUCCACAUAGGGGUGACCUACAAAGACAUCUGCCGGAAAAGUGCCAGAGAUGAAAGCCUCCUGGGACACAAUGAAAAUUCAUGGAGUUUAUGUUUUGGAGAAAAGUGCUCUGUAUGGCACAAGGAGAAAAUCUCAGAGAUACCUGCCCCUCCUUCCAACUCAUGGAGAGUAGGAGUGUACCUGGACUGGCCGGCCGGCACUUUGUCUUUCUACAGCGUGUCCUCUGGCACAGUGAGACAUCUGCACACUUUCCACACCACUUUCACCAAACCCCUCUACCCUGGCUUUAGGGUGUGGUCCGGCUCUGUGAAACUGUGCCCUGGAGGAACGCCUGCAUCCUCCUAGGCCUCUCGCAGUCAUGAAAUCUGGGUUGAA